CAAACGCGUUUGUUUUCGAAGAAAGCGGAGAGACGUCGAGUGUUGUGCUGAAUGGUGUGUGGCGCCUUAGCGUCGCUUUUGUUUAUUAUUUGCGUGGAUGUGAAUCUUUCAAAUAAAUCGGGCAGCGUUUCAUUACGUAUAAAUUUGUGCAAUAUAUAAAGUGGCCAACUAUUGAAUUUCCACUGCUUUUCUUUGCCGCCGCGGCUAUUUCAUCUAACAUAACCUAAAAGGUCGGUUUGUCAAAGUUUUGGCUUCUCCGUUAUCGAUAAGGGGACGAAAGUGGACAAAUUUCACUGAGAGGCGUUUUCCGGAAAAGACAUGGAUUCGCAAAUGGAUGAAUUGGAGCAAGAUAUAGUGGAAGCAGCGCCAGCGGCGACUGGUACGUCGCUAGUUGAAGAGGGCGACCAACCCGACAAUACUUCGGGACGGCUGGCGCUCACUGUUACCUCCGACGAAGACAGCAGGGAGUCGGCGAAAGUAGCCAAGAAAGAAUCACCACAGGAAGCAGUUGAUUUCGCACCGGUUAAUGCAGGAAUUGAUAGCAACCCCAAACACGGUAUACCGGCACCGGUGCCCUUGAAGCGGAGGAGAUCUAUUUUGGACUGGUCGAGCGACGAGGAGGAUUUCGCCGGCUUCGACGAAUGCAAUGGUGAUUCGAGUGAAAAUUCAUACAAAAGAAUAAAAGAGGAAUUACCAUCAGAAGGCGAACAAGAUCACGAACAGAUUAAAUCUCACGGUACAAGUGAAGACACGCUAAAAUCAGUAGUAAAAUCUGAACUAGAUGAAGCCGGUGAUGAGAACAAGCCACCCGAUGUAUCUGAAGUUCCCGAGGACAGGAUAGAAGAAAAACAUGCAGCCUCUCAUUCAGCAUCAUCCAAACAACGCUCAAUAAAAGACCCCAUCUACAAAAAGCCUUUUGCACUUGGGUGGAAACGUGAAGUUGUAUAUCGUGCUAUACCAGGUAUCAGCAAAGAUAAGGGUGAAGUUUACUACAUAACACCAAUGGGAAAGAAGAUUCGCACCCGAACUGAGCUUCAGUUGCAUUUGACACAUGAUCUGCAGUUGGAAAAUUUUACAUUUGCACGGGAACCUAUUGGUAUGAGUCUAGAUGAAGAGAAGAUUCGUGUCGCAAAACCAACUGCCAGAACAGCCCCGGCUGAAGUUACACUUGGCAAGAGAAUCCCGAAACCGAAAGGACCGAAAGGUGCCAGCCCACCACCACAAGGAUGGACGCCUGCCCGAGCGGUUAAAUCAUCAAGUAUCAGCUCUCCGCGGUCAUUGCAUACAACUCGAAUGUCUGAUGAGAAUGAGAACAAGUCCCAGGCAUCGUCUAAAUCAACCCCGAAGACGAGUAAAUUACAAAAGAAAGGAGAGCCAUGUUCCAUAGAAUGCGUUUUAGCAAUGGGAACAAUACCACAGCUUCAGUGCGUUAAAUGCCUCUGUUUGUAUCACCACGAAUGUAUUGGAACGGAUGCAAACACUGGAAGCAUAGAAAGGGGAAAUUCUGGUGGAAUGUCGUCCGGAUCCGUGCGUGGCGACGGAGGCUAUAUUUGUGAGUAUUGUAAGAACAAGACACCACCACCGUCGCAACCAAAACCCGCACAACAGAGCCCACCUAAAACAAAUCAAGCAACGGUCAACAGCGUUGGCUCAAUACAGUCUCAACGUCGGGAAAGUGAAACAAUUAAAGAAAGUUCGAAAGCAUCAAACAAAGCAUCGAGUAAUGGUACAAAGAAUAGCAAUAAUCACACAGAUCCGACAACACAACUUCCACAAUCAAUAGCUGUUAUUAAGGGUAGAAAGUAUGUAGUGAUUCGCAAACCAAGCAGCACUCAUCCGGAUGGCCAUUCGAAAGAUGCAACGAACGAAAACUCCUCCGUGAAUCAGUCUUCUGUUUCGUUAACAACCGGCGAGGACGUUCAACUUCGAAAACGUGGAACAAGUGCGAGAUCAUCGAAAUCAUCUGAAAAUGUUCAAUUAACAGAAACCAGCAGUCAACCACCGCGGCAGCAACCGAUUACAGUGCAUUCAGAGACCUUUGCAACACACUUUUUCAGUAAUGUUUCUACUGGCUAUCAGAUUUUGCUGCAAACGUUCCAGUAUUUAAAAGUUCAGGAACUUCUUCGUGCCGCUUGUGUUUGCCGCUUAUGGAAUGUCGCAGCUAAUCACAGAUCCCUUUGGCGAACAGUUCGUAUGAAAAAUUCACAAGUGAACGAUUGGACCGGUUUGGCAGCAGCUUUGAAACGAAACGGUACUCAGCAUUUAGAUUUGAGGAAGAUGAUUUCAAGUGCGAACAGUGAAGAAAUGUGGUCAAGUUUUUCGAAAAACAUUAAAGAAGUCGAAUCGUUAGAAAUAAUUGAUUUGUGCCGUUGCUCAUCUCAAAUUGUUGAAGAUUUGUUCAUCUCGAAUCCGAAACUAAAAGUAGUAAAUGCAAUCGCGAUAAAGGACGAUACUUUCAACUUGGAGAAUGUGCAUAAUUUGGAGAGUCUGGAAGAAUUCCGCCUCAAGUCGAUUGAUGGAUUUUCAUUGGAAAGUGAUUUACAUGGCUUGAAAAUGUUGAAAAAUCUGAGGCAUUUAUCAUUAACGUCGGUGCGAGGAUUGGGGACAAAAGAUGUUUCAGUUCUUGGGGAGUUAACAAACUUGGAGUCACUCGACUUGGGUGAAUGUUGCGACUUGGGAACAUCAUUUGCCACUGAUGUGCUGGUAAAUUUAGUGCAUUUGAAUCGGUUGCGACUGGAAAAAGGCCAAGAGAACUGCUGUACCAUAGAAAUUUUGGAAGCAGUUUCACAGCUAGAACAACUUCAACAAUUGGAACUUGUCAAUUUCGACAUAAAGACAGGUUUUGAUGAGAAAAUGUCGAAGUGCAAACACCUGAAACGACUUCUACUGAUUCCAACGUAUAUCUCGCAAUCGGCAACGACUAAUAACAUAGUUUUAAGUGCAGUUUUAAAUUUGUCGGAAACCUUGCAAUUUCUCACUUGGGUUGUUACUUUAGAGCUGUUACGAGUUACGGCGCUAUACGUCGAUCAAUGCGAUAAUAAGAAGAAAGAUAAGAAGUUCUUCGACGAAAGUAUCCCUGUCCUGAAACCUGUGCCUGGGAUUGUCGACGACUUGGACAAGGCACAGAAGACUGCUUCGGAUGUUCCGCAAGUUGAAAUCUUGCCGCUCGUCAGAGUAGAGGAGAUCCUGAUUGCAGGCAUGCCCACCACGAAAUUCAAGAUUUUGAAGGUUCCCUAUCAUGCUACGUGGCGUCAAAAUCUUGUCGAUAUUUGAUAACUAAAGACACGUUUAUCUAGAAAAUGUUGACAUAUUUUAUCAAUUCCUUAAGAAAGUACAUGUUAGACUCUCGUCGUAUAAAAGUAUUUCAUAUAUAGGAUAGACAACGCCGACAUUCAUUCUGGGUUGUAAAACUUGCAAAUGCAAUGAAACAUAACAAUUUCAAAUAUUUUCUUACAUUGCACAAGUACAAAGAAGGAUUUAAGGGGGCAAGUUAGUGAAACUAUUACAGACAUGGCUCUGUAUGCGGGUAACGAACGCAUAGUUAAGAAUAAUAAAUAUGAAUAUACUUUGGCGCAAAACCCCUCGAAACUGUAUAAUUCUUUAUUCAUUUGUAUUAAACUCUCAAUUUGAAAAAUGUAAUGAUUAACCUGGCGUGUGCGCCAGUUCAUUUAAAUCUACGUAGAUUUAGCGCACUUUAAGAAUAGUUCUACUCUUUGUUUGAAUAUUGACUAUACAUAUUUUAGUAAAAUAUAAUAUCAUGAAGGUAA